UCGAAAUCAGUUGAAUUUUCAUCAAAAUGAAACUUGUAUUUGCUUUGGCUUUGUUGGUUGCUUGCGCAGCUGCUGGUACCAUUCCCGACAAUGGCAGCCGUAUCACCAAUGGUGAAGUUGCCAAGAAGGGACAAUUCCCAUACCAAGCUGGUCUUUCCCUGCAAAUGGGAGGAUCAUCAGCAUGGUGCGGUGGUACCUUGAUUUCGGACCGUUGGGUUCUCACAGCUGCUCAUUGCACAGUUGAUGCUGACGCUGUCGAAGUCUACUUGGGUGCUUUCAAUAUUAAGGAUGCUAACGAGCCUGGCCAGGAGCGCAUCUACGUUUCGAAAGCAGGAAUCUUCACCCAUGAGGAAUACAAUGGCUUGACCAUCACCAACGAUAUUGCUUUGAUCAAAUUGCCAGCUCCAGUUGAAUUCAAUGACUUGAUCCAACCAGCCAAAUUGCCAAAGAAGAGUGCCUCUUACUCAACCUAUGUCGGAGACACCGUUGUUGCUUCAGGAUGGGGCAAGGACAGCGAUUCUGCAACUUCUGUUUCACCUGUCUUGAACUUCAUUGACACUACCGUCAUUAGCUCAAAGACAUGCAACAUUUACUACCUUGGCAUGAUCACACCCAACAUGAUUUGCAUCUCAGGAAAGGAUGGACGCUCAACAUGCAACGGUGACUCUGGUGGUCCAUUGGUCUACCAAGAAAACGGUGAGAACAUCUUGAUCGGAGCUACCUCAUUCGGUAUCUCAUUGGGUUGUGAAGUUGGCUGGCCAGGUGUUUUCACCCGUGUAACCUCUUACUUGGACUGGAUCGAUUCCAAGACCGGUUUGGUUAACUAAAGGAUGGAAAAAUAAUUUUCAUUGCUGAAAAUGACUGUAGUCGUUAUUUUUGAUAAAAAAUAAAACCUCGAUUUACUUGCAA